UUGGUGUUCGUGAUAACGGGUUUCCAAAAUGUUGAAGAUCGCCGUAUCCCAUAUCGUCAGCUAGAAAUAUCACGAUAUUUGGUUUCUCUUGAAAGCUUUUUCCGCUCAACACGUAAUGAAUCAACAUCCACAGACAGGUUGUAACAUCAAACAAUGAGUUGCAGUCGUGCCAAUAUUGCCACUACAACACGUUUUACUGAACUACUUAAACUCAUCGUUAUUCUGUUGACUGUACCUCCUCCCAACCAUGUCCAGUGUAUUGACGGUAAACCGCCAAACAUCGUAAUCUUCAUGGCCGAUGACUUGGGUUAUGGUGACCUGCAGUCCUUUGGAAAUCCUCUGUCGCACACACCGAACAUCGACGCCCUGAUAAAAGCAGGAAUAAAAUUCACACAAUUCUACAGUGCCUCACCAAUCUGCAGCCCGGCAAGAGCAGCACUUCUCACUGGUCGUUAUCCGAUCCGAACAGGAGUUUGGAAUGAUGUCAACAACGCUAUCUUCCUCCAGGAGAACAUUGGUGGACUGAAACUCAAUGAAACAACUGUUCCAGAAAUGCUUGCCACCCGAGGCUACAAGUCUGCUCUCAUCGGCAAAUGGCAUCUUGGUGUUGGUCCUGAAAAAGAAUAUCUGCCAACACAUCAUGGAUUUGAUCAUUACUUUGGUGUUCCAAAUUCGCAUGCAGAUUGCCCAUGCGAUAAAUGUUUCUUUCCAAAUGAUGACUGCAACUCAGGUUGUCAGAGAGCUAAAGCCCCAUGUCAAUUACUACUCGACGAUGAGAUUAUUGAGCAACCAGUCAACUUGAUAUCUUUGGCGGAAAGACAGACAAGAGCCGCCAGAAGCUUCAUCCAGUCUAACUCAUGUGAAGGAACACCGUUUUUUCUCAUGUACGCUUCUUUACAUCCGCAUGUACCUCAUUUUGCAGGGGAACGUUUUAGAAAUACAACCAUUGGCGGAGACUAUACAGACUCUCUUGCAGAAUUUGAUGGAGAGGUUGGAGACGUCAUGACUGAACUACGAAACAGUGGUGUUCUCGAAAAUACACUGGUUCUUCUAACUUCUGAUAAUGGUCCCGAUCUUGUAGAGAAAAAACUGGGAGGAUUCUCUGGGGUAUUUCGCUGUGGAAAAUUGUCAACAUUUGAAGGUGGAGUACGUGUGCCGACAGUAGCGUACUGGAAAGGGCGCAUCAGACAAGGCGUGUCAGCGGAGUUUUUAAGUCAUCUCGAUAUCUGGCCGACACUCAGAAGCAUAAGCGGGUUGCCCUCUGACAGCCAAAAUGUGGAACUCGAUGGUUUCGAUUUUUCUAGUGUGUUAUUCAAGAACGGAAAGAGUCCAAGAGAAUCAAUGUUGUUUUAUGACAUCACACCGGAUCCCGAAAGGGGACCAUUUGCUAUUCGCACGACCACCUACAAAGCACAUUUUUUAACCGAAUGCAGUAUACGAUGCGACGGUGAUGCAUUUGAUGAGAUGUGUAGGUCCAACAGCUCGCUUACGAUUCAAGAUCCUCCGCUAAUCUAUGACCUACUUUUAGAUCCAGAAGAACGUGAUGAUAUUGGUAGAACCAGCGAAGCCUUAGUUGCAGAAAUGACCCAAUUACUACAACAAGAAACGAAUAAAGUAGCUUAUUCCGAAAGUACGCUAAAGGAAGAGGACGAGUUGCAUCAGCUGUGCUGCGAUCCAGGAUGCACGCCGUUCCCUUCAUGUUGCGAUUGCCCGUCUCAAUACGCGGACAGUCUUCUGCCCUUAUAUAAAGAUUGUAAAAAACUACCCUUAAAUACUCGUAUUAUCUAUCGCAAAAUAUCACACAAAUGUUAAUGGUUAAGUAUUCAUUAUAUUUUACUCCAUCUAUUUAAGAAUAGGGAUCUUUCGAUGGUACGACGUAACAUUUAUUUCCAUUUCAAAUAUAUGUAACAGAAACUUUUAUAAGGUAUGCAAAGUUGAAGAAAGAAGACAGGAUACGAAAAUCUUGUGUCAGGACAACCUGAAAAAAGUACAGACAGAGAAUCUAAACUAGGACCAAGGACACAACAACAGUACUGCACAACAAGACGAAAAAAAAAGACACAAAAAAAGAAAAAAAAAAGAAAUAGGAAAUAUGAAUUCGUCAGCCGGCAGUCGUACGACGCAGUGUGUGGCCGGUCACAGCGGACAACAUUCGAUUCUUUGGUAGUCUGCUUGCUCCCAGAAGGAUGACCAGAGUCUUAGAAUUAUUAUUUUGUCGCACAUUACAAGUUUUUGGAAAGAGAACAAUUUUAAGCUGAGCGACACUUUGCUCUUUCACGUAGUCGCAUUCACUGCGGAUAUCACAUAAAGACUUUCCGCCGAUGCCACGUACCCUUGACGCUAGCCUGGGUUCCAGGCCCUAAUUUUGGUUUAUUUACUUUUUAUUGCACUUAAUGCGCGCCAUACCAAAUGUAAUUGGGGUCCCAUACUCGAUUUCUUUUUUUUUCGAAUUAGCUUGUUACGACCAUAUGACUUAUUUAUAACUGAACUUUAUUCACUCGUUGGCGGCGCUGUCUAAAAUAAAGGAAAACUAUAACAAGCGACUUGUGGCAAGUCUACCUUGACACUUGCAGUGUAGUCAUAUUCUGAGUAGGCUUUUACUUGACAUAAGACAGAAUAAUUAGUUAAAGCAUUGCAAUAAUUAAAAUAAAGAAAUUGCAA